AUUUAUAACAAUUCCCAACACAAAAAACCAGCUUUUGUACAAGUUCCAAGAAGAAAAUAAUGAUUUUGAGAGGAAGAUGAAGAAUCUAGAAAGUGAAAUAUUGAGAUUACAAAGGCAAGUGGUUCGUCUAACCAAAGAAAAUCAAUGGAAACAAAAAGCAGCUUUCUCUGCUUUUCAUCAAAAAGGUACAACACAAGUUAUCAAGAAGUCAAUAGAGACCAUCGUGUACAACAAAGUCCAACUUAACAUUGGAGGGGGUUACAAUGAAAGCUCCGGAGUUUUUAAAGUACCAGUGGGAGGGAUUUACGCAUUUUUCUUCGGUAUACAAGUAGAACCUGGAAAACGCAUGGCUGUUCAUUUCACAUGGAAUGGAAAUCCGUAUUUGGAAGCUAUGGCGGGUAAAAUGUCGGAUUACAGCACUGGAAGUAACAUGCUGAUCAUCAAUGCAAAGAAAGAUGAUUGUAUGUGGAUCCAAACACAUCCUCAUUGGUAUAACUUGGAGAAAACAUAUAUCAGAUAUGAUCCCAACUAUUUCUCUGGUUUCCUUUUGUAUGAAACCUAAAAAAGUUUUCUACGGACCCUUUCAGCAAAAUCCAUAAGCUUGCCGAACUGUAUUUUUUUUAAUUUAUUUUUUACUAUAUUUAUUUCAUUUAUUUAUUUUUUGCCAAAUAACAAUUUUCCUAUUUUUUUGCAAGCUGUAUUGAAACUAAUAAACUAACCGUUCAGAGAACAAUUGGAGGCCAUUCCAUCUUCUUGGAUGUUUCCAUAUCAUUUUAUUUGGAAAAAAGGAGACAAGUGCAAUAAAAUAAGCCCGUGUCAUACUAUCAUAACUAUCAUUUGACGUUGAGAUCGGGCUUUUUCUUUGUUUGACAACGAAGUUUGUAGUAAAAAAAACUUUAAAAUAUAUGAUU